ACACAACGUCAACAAAACAGCAAGAAACCUACGCCUACGCCGGCUUUUCGAGAGAAACUGAAAAGAAGUGAACUUAAACCAUCAAAAUGCUUGAAACGCUGUACAAUUUGCCCUUCCACAUACUCGUGCCACCCAACGUCAAAGUGCGAAAGUUCUCCAUACCCGUGCCCUCGGCCAUGACCGUCUUUUCCGCUGUGCUGAUCUCCUACUUCCUGGUCACAGGAGGCAUCAUCUAUGAUGUGAUCGUGGAACCGCCCAGCGUGGGCGCCACUGUCGACGAGCACGGACACUCGCGUCCCGUGGCCUUCAUGCCCUACAGAGUAAACGCCCAAUAUAUAAUGGAGGGGUUGGCCAGCAGCUUCCUCUUCACGAUCGGCGGCCUGGGCUUCAUCAUAAUGGACCAGACCCACGCACCAGGCAAGACGAACCUCAAUCGCCUGCUCCUGACUGCCAUGGGCUUCGUCUUCAUCUUGGUGUCGUUCUUCACGACUUGGCUCUUCAUGCGAAUGAAGCUGCCCAGCUAUCUGCAGCCCUAAGCGAAUCAGAUUAAGCAAACAUCCCUUUGACGGAAAUCUCUCUUAUCUAUAUCUAAGUAUUAUAAACUCCAUGUCAUAAUCUCCAAU